AUGUCUCUAAUAAGCAAGUCACAAGCUUCUCUGCUAACUUUAAGCAGUUACCAUUUCUCUAAAUAUGCUUCAAAAGUUCGUAGGUACAGUGAAAUUAAAAAGAAAUGUUACGAUAUUGUUGUAAUCGGAGGUGGGAUAGUCGGUUCUGCGUCUGCAAGAGAGCUAAUUCUUCAACAUCCUGGGUUAAAGAUUGCUCUAAUAGAGAAAGAAAAACGUUUUGCUUUUCAUCAGAGUGGAAAUAACAGUGGUGUUAUUCAUGCUGGAAUAUACUAUAAACCAGGUUCUUUAAAAGCUAAACUUUGUGUGGAAGGUCUUAAUUUAUCGUAUAAAUAUUUAGAUGAAAAACAAAUAAAGUACUCCAAGUGUGGAAAAUUAAUAGUUGCCACUGACAGAUCUGAAAUUGGGAGACUAUUAGACUUGUAUGAGCGAGGCGUUAAAAAUGGUGUCAAAGAUCUGAAAUUGUUAGAUUCAAAAGAAAUUAAAGAGUUAGAACCACAUUGCAAUGGCUUACAAGCAAUAUGGUCACCACAUACUGGGAUUGUGGAUUGGGGAGUUGUUACAAACAGUUAUGUUAGUGAUUUUGAAAAGUGUGGAGGAGAUAGCUAUCUCAAUUUUGAACUAAAUAGGUUUUUUGAAUCUGAAAAUGCUGAGUAUCCUGUAACUAUCACUGAUAGCAAGGAUAAAACAAUUCAUGCCAAAUAUGUUUUGACUUGUUGUGGAUUACAAUCUGACACCGUUGCUGUUCUGACUGGUUGUCCGGAGGAACCGAAAAUAAUACCUUUCAGAGGGGAAUAUUUGUAUUUGGUUCCUGAAAAGAGUAACCUUAUAAAAGCAAAUAUAUAUCCUGUCCCUGAUCCCAGAUUCCCAUUCCUUGGUGUUCAUGCUACCCCACGAAUAGAUGGCAGGGUUAUUUUAGGUCCCAAUGCAAUUCUAGCAUUCUGUAAAGAAGGCUAUAAAUGGACUGACUUAAAUGUUAAAGAAUUAAAGGAAAUUAUAAACUUUUCUGGAUUCCGAAAAAUGGCAUUAAAAUAUGCAGGUUUUGGACUUAAAGAAAUGUCUAGAUCCUUAAUGACACCAUUGCAAGUGAUGCAAUUGCAGAAGUACAUUCAAGAUAUUACUACUAAGGAUGUGGAGUCGGGUCCAGCCGGAGUACGAGCUCAGGCUAUGGGGAAAGAUGGCACUCUAAUAGAGGAUUUUGUGUUUGACUCCAAACCUGGUUCAGGGGCGAUAGGAAGUAGAGUAUUACAUUGUCGGAACGCCCCCUCUCCCGGUGCUACAUCAUCUUUGGCUAUUGCUAAAAUGAUAGCUGACAAAAUGAAACAAGAGUUCAAACUAUAA